AUGCAACUACUCUUUCGGCUCUUCGGGUGUGAUCCUAAUCGGUCCCUAAGCUUUUGUAUGUACUGACUGCUUUUGUCUAACGCUGAUCUACCUUCGCUCGAUUGGUCCAGAGCUCCCAGAUCCUCAUCCACUCUGCCAACGACAACAUGGAGCCAUCCCUUUCUCCGAUCAGAUCGUUCAGAGGCCACAUCCAUUCCGUUCAAGAAGUGGUGUUUUCGAAAAAUAGCAAUAAACUCAAAGUUAUAAGCACAUCCAGCGACAAGACUGUUCGAAUUUGGGAUGUGGAAACAGGAAAACAGGAAAACUCAUUGGAGGGGCACGCGAGUGGGACUAUUGGACUGACUGUAUCAAUGGAUGGGGGGAGAAUUGCAAGUGGGGCACGAGAUGGCAAGAUCAUCAUAUGGGACGCAGAUACGAAGGAGAUCAUCCGAUGCCUGUCGCAUCACACAGACAGUGUCAUUUGCAUACGGUUCUCACCUGAUGAGAAAAGACUCGCCUCUGCAUCAGAGGACGGAACACUAAAGAUCUGGGAUACGGGGACAUGGGAACUCGUGUUCAACAUCGAUGAUCACCAAGAUGAUGUACGGACAAUAGCCUAUUCUCCCAACCGAACCAAGAUUGCAAGUGGGUCAAGCGAUCAGACUAUUCGCAUUUGGAACGCAGCGACCGGCAAGCAGCAAACACAACCACUUUCCCAUGGCGCAAUAGUGCGCUCAAUUGUCUGGUCUCCAGACAGUCGUCGUCUCAUUUCUGCCUGUAAUGAUGGCCAGAUCUACUUCUGGAGUGCGCCGACUAGUGCCCAGCUCGGAUCCCCACUGCGUGCACAUUUCGACUUCAUUAACUCGUUGGCCAUCUCACCUGAUGGUGAAUUGAUAGCCAGUGCGUCCAGUGAUCACACUGCGAGGCUGUGGAGCACCUCUACCCGCAAACCUUUUGGUCGUGUACUCCAGCAUGACGAUGAGGUAUACACAGUAGCCUUCUCACCAGAUGGCCAGUUUAUCGCCACCGGCAGCGAUGAGAACAUAAUAUUUUUGUGGGAUAUAUCGCAGGAGUUCAUCGUUAUGACGAAUACCGUGUCGCCUCCAUUCGUUUCCCCAGCGUCUAACAUCACUAGCUACAUCGACCAGCCAUCAGCAAGCUCUUAUUCUCUUUCCGUCUCCUCUACAUCAGCAUCGGAUGACCUACCGGAUGGAACCGAGUUGCCGUCAGAAAUUGUAGGCUCGCGUGAUGCUGCUAACUCACCUUCCCCAUCUCUACCCCCUCAAAGUCACUUUCAUCAUGAAAUCCCCUCUCAAGUCCGCACCUCCCCUCCAGUCGAACUUUCCAACAGAAUACAAGUACCUCCAGAAACCAUCAACUUGCGUGAAACAGCUGCAUCCCCUUCCCCAUCCUUGCCCCAUCGAAGCUUCUCCCAUCCUCAAGUACCGCUUACUUCAGCUUCUACUCCGGUCCUCGCCUCACCUCCAAAGUCGUUUUGGAAGCGCUUUCCUAUGUUCAACAGGUCUGCAGCAUCUGUACUAGACUCCAAGUGGUGGAAAUUCCCGCGCAUUAGUAACAUCAUCAUCGAAGUGUGGAACCCCAAGCAGGUCCUAAUGAUGCCUAGCAUCAAUAGGCCCGUGUGUCCGCUCUUCAUGUCUUAUCUGAUAUUAUCCUAGUAGACUCUUACUAUUUAGUAGCUAUCGCCUUUUCCCCUCGUUCUAUCACGUUGUUUCUCCCCUACUUAUGCAGUCCGGCUGCAACAAGUGUGUCAUUAGCUGCUGUUGGCCAUGCGUUCGCAGUCAGAUGUCCAUAAAAAAUUCCCUCAAUACGAAGACAGAAGAGAAGAAGUAUGUAGCAGGCAAUGUAAACUCGAACGCUGUGGCUGCCCUAGCGCAGAUCCUACGCUGAGUCGACGAUGGACAAAGUAGCAACACCACAGCACGGCCACUAAUUAUGUAAAACGAUGGACUGACGGAACGAUGCAUGA